AUGGCUGCGCGCCGUCGACUCGCCAGACACCGCCGCCGUCAUUCCCGUCCGCCCGGCGAUGAUGAACAGGAGCGGCUGCUUCACGGCCUACACAAGACGGCCAAGAGAGCGCUGCGGGUGGCCAUUGCGCAAGCAAAGGCCGCGGCACGUGAGGAGUCUCGGAGAACUCGACAGCGACCCGUGGGGACGCCCGUACCGCAUGGCGUUGAGCAAGCUCCGCCCGUGGGCGCCCCGCUGACGCAGAGUCUCCGAGCCGAUCUGGUGACGGACGUUGUCGCGGCGUUAUUUCCGGCCACCCAGGGAGGCCAUUCUCCACCGAUGGCGCCACGUCCAUCGGCGCCAUCGUUGUCGAUUCCGGCAGAGGAUAUCCCGGAGGUUUCGCCGGGAGCGCGCCCGGUGGCAGGGUCUCGGGUGCGGAGCAAAACUCGGCUCCGGGGCUCGACGGUGUACCCGGACGUGUCUGGGUCCUCGCUGUCGAGUCACUGGGUACGAGGCUCCGUAGCCUUUUCUCCGCGUGCUUUGAGCAGGGCACUUUCCCGUCGCGGUGGAAGACGGGAAGCUUGUCCUGCUCAAGAAAGGAGACCCGCAGAGUCGCCAUCGGCCUACCGACCGAUCGUGUUGCUCGACGAGGUGUGCAAACUGUUCGAGCGUGUGGUACACGCUCGCCUCGUCGGGCAUCUCGAGCGGAUCGGCCCGGAUCUGGCCGCUUGCCAGUACGGGUUUAGGCGCGGCCGAUCCACGAUUCACGCGAUUCUGCGGGUGAAAGCACUGGCGGAGGAUGCAGUCGCUCGGGGUAGGGUCGUGCUGGCGGUGUCCUUGGAUAUCGCCAACGCGUUUAACACCAUGCCCUGGGCCUGCAUCAACGAGGCACUGCGGUAUCACGAGGUGCCACCUUAUCUCCGGCGUCUGGUGCGCUCGUACUUGUCAGACAGGUACGUGGUGUAUCCGGGGCUCGGUCCUCGGGCCGCUCCUGUGGAACAUCGGCUACGACUGGGUGCUCCGUGGUACCAACCUUCAGGCGUCGCCGUCGUCUGCUAUGCGGACGACACGCUCGUGACGGCGACGGCCAGGACCUUUCAGAGGGCGUCCCUGCUCGCCUCAUUCGGUACCGAAUUGGUGGUGCGCAGGAUUCGGCGACUGGGUCUCGCGGUGGCUCUCCACAAGACCGAGGCCCUUGCCUUCCAUGGGCCUCGGAGUAGGCCGCCCAUCGAGGCCUACAUCUCUGUGGAGGGCGUGCGGACACCCGUCGGCUCAAAGAUGAAGUAUCUCGGUCUUCAUCUGGACAGCCGAUGGGACUUCCGCGCGCACUUUGAGGCUCUCUCGCCGAAGUUGGUACGGACGGCCGGUGCUCUCGGCCGUCUGCUACCAAACGUCGAAGGUCCUGGCAAUCCCUGCCGGAAUCUGUACGCUGGAGUCGUGCGGUCUAUGGCCCUAUACGGUUCUCCCGUAUGGGCCAAUUCCCUGAACGACCGCUGCGUCAGGCUGCUGCGAAGACCGCAGCGCAUGGUGGCGCAGCGUAUCGUCAGGGCUACCGCACGAUCUCACACGAAGCGGCUUGCGUAUUGGCGGGCACUCUGCCCUGGGAUCUCGACGCGCGGGCUCUCUUCUGUCUUCUGGUGGCGGGAAGAGAGCUUGCGCCGAGGACAGAGGCUAGCCCCCCAAGAGGUCGAGACCACUCUGGUCUCCCUCCGCAACGCCGCUGUGGAGGAAUGGCAGCUCAGGCUGGAGAGCCCGAGCGAAUGGCGCGGCAACCCCGUAAGCCGGCCUCAAAAGGCCGCGGGGAGUCCGCACGAGUGGCAGUGGCAGCGCAACGGACCCAGUAUUGCGCGCCGCUGCCAAAAAUUGUGUGGGGCCUCAGCCUCGGAUACGGAGGAGGAUGACUCCGUGGCCGGGAUUAGGGAGGCUUACCAGUCGGCCCUGAGGGAGGAACGUGUGGCCGAAGCCGCCCGCGCAGUGGAGGAGGAGACAGCGCUCCAGGAAGUGAGGAUCGUGGCGCCCUGCCCGAAAAUUGCGGCGCCAAAGUCGGCAAAGGUUCCCACAAAGAACCUCCUCCUUGAGGUGGCGGAGAACAUCCGUCACGUCUCAAAAGCGUCCCGGAACCUCAAAGGGACGUUUGUGAAGGCUCAGGGAGGAUGCCGCCAAGCUGCAGGAGCGCGCGGAAGAGCCCUCCUCCGCGGAAACCGCGAGACUGGAGGCCAUAAUAGCCUCCCUCGAGCGGAAGGUGACGGCACUGGAGGCUGCCUUGGCCACCCAGAACAAAAUCCUCGAGGAUUUUGUGGCCGGCGACCGCUCCAGGGAGCCGAAGGCGGCCUCUAA